UCGAGGUCCGGCUCGGUUUCUGUUGCGGGAUCCGCGGUGUCUCUUAGCGCAACCGGAACUAGCCUUCGCGGGCCCGGUUUCCCUCCUUUCAGGCCGCCUUUCGUCGUCUCCGAGCCUCCCUGUCCCUCCUUCCCUCAUCAUUCCCUAGGCUUGGCUGCGCCUUUCCUGAAACAGCCGUCAUGAGCGCGAGGCUGCCGGCGUCGUCAUCUCGGUGGCCGCGGUUGUGGCUGCUGUCGCUGCUCCUGCUGGCGACCCCGGGCCCGCGCUGGGGCGACGCUUUCUACCUGCCUGGCCUGGCGCCCGUCAACUUUUGUGAGGUAGAGAAAAAGAACGACGAGUGCAAGGCUGAAAUAGAACUGUUUGUGAACAGGCUUGAUUCAGUGGAAUCUGUUCUUCCUUAUGAAUAUACAGCGUUUGAUUUUUGCCAGGCAUCAGAAGGAAAACGCCCAUCUGAAAAUCUUGGUCAGGUAUUAUUCGGGGAAAGAAUUGAACCCUCGCCGUAUAAGUUCCUAUUUAAUAAGGAGGAGACCUGUAAGCUUGUUUGUACAAAAACAUACCAUACAGAGAAAGCUGAAGACAAACAAAAGUUAGAAUUCUUGAAAAAAAGCAUGUUACUGAAUUAUCAGCAUCACUGGAUCGUGGAUAACAUGCCUGUAACUUGGUGUUAUGAUGUUGAAGAUGGUCAGAGGUUCUGUAAUCCUGGAUUUCCUAUUGGUUGUUACAUUACAGAUAAAGGCCAUGCAAAAGAUGCCUGUGUUAUUAGUUCAGAAUUCCAUGAAAGAGAUACAUUUUACAUCUUCAACCAUGUUGACAUCAAAAUAUAUUAUCAUGUUGUUGAAACUGGGUCCAUGGGCGCAAGAUUAGUGGCUGCUAAACUUGAACCAAAAAGCUUCAAACAUACCCAUAUAGAUAAACCAGACUGCUCUGGACCCCCCAUGGACAUAAGUAACAAGGCUUCUGGGGAGAUCAAAAUUGCCUAUACUUAUUCUGUUAGUUUUCUGGAAGAUAAAACUAUCAGAUGGGCAUCUAGAUGGGACUAUAUUUUGGAAUCUAUGCCUCAUACCCAUAUUCAGUGGUUUAGCAUAAUGAAUUCCCUGGUAAUUGUCCUCUUCUUAUCUGGAAUGGUAGCUAUGAUUAUGCUACGGACACUUCAUAAAGAUAUUGCCAGAUAUAAUCAGAUGGAUUCUACGGAGGAUGCCCAGGAAGAAUUUGGCUGGAAACUAGUUCAUGGUGAUAUAUUCCGUCCUCCAAGGAAAGGGAUGCUGCUGUCUGUCUUUCUAGGAUCAGGGACACAGAUUUUAAUUAUGACUUUUGUGACUCUAUUUUUUGCUUGCCUGGGAUUUUUGUCACCUGCCAAUAGAGGAGCACUGAUGACUUGUGCUGUGGUCUUAUGGGUGCUGCUGGGAACGCCUGCAGGUUAUGUUGCUGCCAGAUUCUAUAAGUCCUUUGGAGGUGAGAAGUGGAAAACAAAUGUUUUAUUAACAUCAUUUCUUUGUCCUGGGAUUGUAUUUGCUGACUUCUUUAUAAUGAAUCUGAUUCUCUGGGGAGAAGGAUCUUCAGCAGCUAUUCCUUUUGGAACGUUGGUUGCCAUAUUGGCCCUUUGGUUCUGCAUAUCUGUGCCUCUAACAUUUAUUGGUGCAUACUUUGGUUUUAAGAAGAAUGCCAUUGAACACCCCGUUAGAACCAAUCAGAUUCCACGUCAGAUUCCUGAACAGUCCUUCUACACAAAGCCAUUGCCUGGUAUUAUCAUGGGAGGAAUUUUGCCUUUUGGGUGCAUCUUUAUACAGCUUUUCUUCAUUCUGAAUAGUAUUUGGUCUCAUCAGAUGUAUUACAUGUUUGGCUUCCUUUUUCUGGUGUUUAUCAUUUUGGUUAUUACAUGUUCUGAAGCCACUAUACUGCUUUGCUAUUUCCACCUAUGUGCAGAGGAUUAUCAUUGGCAAUGGCGUUCAUUCCUUACCAGUGGCUUUACCGCAGUUUAUUUCUUAAUAUAUGCAAUACACUACUUCUUUUCAAAACUGCAAAUCACAGGAACAGCGAGUACUAUUUUGUACUUUGGUUACACUAUGAUAAUGGUUUUGAUCUUUUUUCUUUUUACAGGAACAAUUGGCUUCUUUGCAUGCUUUUGGUUUGUUACCAAAAUAUACAGUGUGGUGAAAGUUGAUUGAAGAAAGCCCAGUGUGUCCAGUUAAAACAGAAAUAAAUUAAAUUCUUCAUCAACAAAGACCUGUUUUUGUGACUGCCUUGAGUUUUAUCAGACUUAUUGGCCUAGUAUUCCUUCAGAAACAACACAAUGCUAAAUACACCUCUUCGCAUACACGUGUCUCCACAAAGUGUGUUUCAACAUUAAAAUAUUUGUAUUGUGAUUUGAUUAAGUAUAUUUUCAGUUGUUCUCAAAAAAGAGCAAAUUUAAAUAUUAUGUGCAUUUGUAAAUACAAUAGCUAUAAAAUUUUCAAUACUUCUAAUAUCAUGAUAGAGAAGGCCAUAUUAAACAAUGAAAUGCAGGACAGUCAAUUGUAAAUAGGAUUUUCUAGGCUCGGUAGGUGAAAAGAAUUAUUUUUUUUCUUGAAGGAAAUAACUUUUUAUCAUGGUAAUUUUGAAGGAUGAUUCCUAUGAUGUGUUCAUUGGGGGUAUGUGGCUUUAAAAAAAAUCUUGUAUUGGUUGUAACUGUUCAUGUCGUCUUACUUUCUUGUGUUGACUUCAUUAUUCCCAUGAUAUUGGCCUUUUAAACUAUGUGCCUCUGAGUCUUUCAAUUUAUAAAUUUAUCUUAAUAAAUAUUGUAAAAAUAUCUUCAUUGCAUCAUUACCUGUUAUAUGUUGAAGGGGAUUCUGUAAAUACAAAUGUCUUUUCCAAGGUUGUUUUAAAAUGAUUUAUACUAUUUUAUCAGAUUUUACUGAAUUUUGUUAAUGUAACACUUUGAGUUUUGCUCUAAAUGAAAUUCCAGUCUUCUGGGCUUUGUGACAAAUCUAAAAUUAUUACUGCUAGGCAGUAACAAGUUAUACUCAUGCAUAUCUAGCCAGAUGAUGAGGUAAAUCCAGUACUUAAUGUGGGCCUUCUUACUACAUUGUUAAGGAUUUUAUAUUUUUUAUUUGCUUUUCAAAACCCAGCACUUUUAAUUUUUUGAGUCUCUUUUUUAUGAUCUGUACAUUAGCAGUGACUAGCAAGCCUUCGUCUGUCUUUUAUGAUUACACUGUCUUAAAUUGGAUUUCAAAAAUAAUUUUAUAUCUGAGAGUUAAGAAAUAAGUAUUUCUGUUUUAUAUUCAUCUGACUAAUAGAAAUUCAUUUAUGUGGAAUAUAGAAAUUGGGAUGAUUUCAGAGAAAUUAGUGUGCUUAUAUCUAUGAUAAUAUCCAUUUGUAGUUUAGGGGCCAAAAGCUUGCUGCUUAUGAGAGCAAAUCAGAUGCUGUCAUUAAACUUACAAUUGAAACUA